AUGGGGCUUCUCAAGCUGCCAAACGAGAUAUUUCUCAUGGUGCUCGGUCUUCUUGAUCUGGAAGAUCAGUUCAACUUCAGCUUGAGCAGCCGCGGCUUUCAGUUCAUACUUCACGAUGAGGGCAUAUGUAGACUGAAUCUUCAGAAACACGCCUCGUUCUCACCAGAAUACAAGGCUGCGCAGACCACGCAUCAGUAUGCAAAAGCAUGGCGACAGAUUACAAAGCGGAAAAUUGCUAUCCAAACGGCCAACCCCUUUCUCGUAUCGAUUGUUGCCGUAGCGGACCGGUUCAUAUAUAGAAAUGGCGCCUUGCUCUAUAUUGCUGGGCAAGAUCAUGUUCGUGUUCUUUUUCUUCAAGGAUCGGUCACCACGGAAUUGGCUCUCGAUCCACUGCGACUACUUCAGAGCAUUGAAUCGCUGGACCCAACGUGGGGUGACUAUCGGUUGAGUCCGUUGCACUAUUCUUGUGGGGUUGUUUCUUUGUUGGCUCAAGAUGGGACAGGAGCAGGGAGAGACUACUUGAUUACGUUGGAAAUUGAUCAAAUGCGAUCAAGGGCAUAUCCUUUGGCAACUACACACAGGAUAUUCAUUAGAAACGACGAGAGCUAUCUUUACUACGGCGUCCGCUCAUAUCCAACGAGCCAAAAUCCAGGCUCCUGGACUCUUCGACAGAUUAAUCUCGGUUCUGGAAUAGAAGAGGUCGGAUUCCUCGAUCUCCCAAGUCUAGUGGGAGAGGAGAUCGGGUCCAACACCUCCUUUGAGAUAUUUGACGGGUAUUUCUAUGGCGUAUCAAGCGAACAGGUUUUCUCCGCCGAGCCCAGAACCUGGAACUCGUUUUACUAUGUGUUUCGGUUCCCAAUAGGCAAGCUCACCUCUCCGACUCCGCUCCCCAAGUCAUUGAGCUGGAGAAGAAAUCCCAACGAGGGUUCAACUGAUGAUCGCUGGGCUUCGCUCGGGCUUUCCCAGGAUGAGAAAACUGGUGGGAUUUUCAUUUACGAGACUAGAAAGGAAUGGAACCCUAAUGCGGCCUUCAGCCAACGGAAUUGCUACCGCAAAGAAAUCGAGUUCCCGUUGGAAGACUCCACAGGAAUAGAACAGUUGGAAGACCCUCCUGAAGACGAGCUAGACAGCCCGGUCUAUUUCGAAACUCGCCCACCAGGCAGCGUUCAUAAUGGAUACGGCCAAUGGCGAGAACUCCCGAUCUCCAAACUCGCUCUCUGA